AUGACGCCGUUUAAAGCAGAACGCAGACGGCGCAAAGGCGCCCCCCGCCACAACCCGCUGCACGAGGAUGUCUUGGACGCUCAGGGCGUUCCUCUGCCGGGAGGGGCAAUAAACGCGCCUCGAAACAAGAAGAUUAGAGAGGCGGUUGAAGAUGCAGAGACGGUUGAAGCCUCAACUCGAGAAGAGGCAGGGGAGGAUACGGUGCUACCGGCGAAGCUGGGCAAGAAGCUGCUGAAGCUUGUUGAAGAGCAACAGAAAGAUGAGGGGAUUGCCGGUGGGUCGGACGAAGAUGACAACGUCUCUGGCGAAGAGGAGGCUGACGAAGAUGGCUUUGUGGUGUUGGACUGCGAGGAAGACGAAGAAGAUGCAGCCUUCUACAAGCAAAAAGCUGGAGAGAUCCCUCGAGCUACAAUCAACUUGGCGGAUCUUGUGAUGGAACAGCUGAGGAAACAAACAGAAGGCGCAUCUGAGAAACAGGGGGAAGACCAGAUGGAGUCCAGUCUGUCGCCCAAAGUCGUUGAGGUGUAUACGACAAUGGCGCCCUUCCUUGCGCGCUAUCGAAGCGGGAAAGUGCCUAAAGCCUUCAAAAUAAUACCUCGGUUGCAUGCGUGGGAGGAGGUGCUGCUGCUGACAAAUCCUCCCAUGUGGUCGAAGCAAGCAACGAGGGAGGCCACGCGCAUCUUCUGCAGUAACCUGAAAGAACCAAUGGCUCAGAGAUUCCUCUGUACAGUGCUGCUACCCGCAUGGAUCCCGUCGGUCAGCCACAUGAUGACGGUUUUGAUUGACAAGAAGUACUCCUUGCCGAUUCAGGCAAUUGAAGAAUGCGUCAACCACUUUCACCGGUUUCUCUCGAGUGAAGUGAAGGUGACGGUGGCCUGGCACAAAUGCCUUCUGGUUCUAGUUCAGCGCUACAAAGUCAACCUGACGGCCUCUCAUAGAGCAAAGCUGAAAGAAGUCCUAAAGGUCUACUUUCAUGCGAAGGUUGGGCCUGAAAUACGCAGGGAGCUAGCGGCACAGCAACCCGCAUUGUUACUGGAGCAGCAGCAGCGUGCACUGCUCGCACUUGCUGAAGAACAAAAGCAAGUAGAAGCAAUAGAAGUCGACUAA